AUGAACAGCUUGUUGGACGUGUUUCAAGGGAACAUUGAUUUCCAGGGACAAGCUCUCGCGGAGUAUCUGCUUCAUCGGGUCAUGAUUGUGUCAGCGGUCGUUGCAUUUAUUACAGGAUAUAUCCGUCAAGAUCUGUCUCUCUGCUACCAGAUUGUUGGAGCCGGUCUGCUGGUUUGCGUGCUUCUGUGCAUUCCUCCAUGGCCAGCCUACAAACGCUAUCAUGUCAAGUGGCUCAGCCCUGGUUCAAGCAGUGGCUCUUCAUGA